GCCUGGCCUCAGGAACGCACUCUUGCUCUGCUCCUCACGCCUCGCGCAGGAUCCUCGCGCCGGGAGGAUUCGCACCCAACCCCAAGCCCGGUUGGGAACUUGGUGUCCGAUACCGUCUGGGAUCCCCGCGAGCACGGCCGGCUUCCUGGGACCCGCGCGAGACGCUGUCUGAUCGGGCUCCCUAGAGUGGGCCCCGGAGAAACCAGAACGGCGGGGGCAGCCUCACGCCAUUUUGCACGCCCUGAGGCGGGCUGGAGUGCAGUGGUGUGAUUUUAGCUCACUGCAGCCUUUACCUCCUGGGCUCAAAUCAUCCCCCCACCUCAGCCUCCCAAGUAGCUGGGACUACAAGCAUGUGCCACUAUGCCCAGAUGUUUGGUUCCAGCAGAUACUUGGGCUCCUCUGAACAGCCCAGAGCUAAUUCACUGGGUCCCAGUGACAGGACCUUGGUUUUGUGCUCCCUAGUGGAAGGGGAAGAUAAGGUCAACCCCUCCGAAUCACAUGGACUGAGAAUGGAGGAGAAAUGGUUGCUCAAAGGAAAACUGAGGAAUCAGAGGAACCAAAACAAGCUCCUGUCUCCAAACAAGAAGCAGAGGAAAAACCACACUAGCAAGCUGCAAGAGUUGGCACUGCUGCUGCCCAUAGCCCUGAAGACGGGGACCAAGAAGCUCACAAAGAAGGAGAUUCUAGUGCAUGUCCUGCAGUACAUUCAGUACCUCCAGAGAAACAUCGAUGCCGCUAAGGCCUUGUUCAAAUGCCACAUCACCACUGGGGAAGGUGGACUUGUGGGGCUGGGUCAGAAUCCAGCCUGGGGCCCAGCCAGGCGGAGGAGACACUCUACUCCCUCCAGCUCCCCAAGCUCUCAGAAGUCCCGUCUCCAGGGGGCGUGCCAGAAGCCUCGGAAGAAGAAGCUGACCCAGGCAUCAGAAAGCCAGACUCGGACCCCGAAGCCUCGCCGCUCCCUGGCCCUGAACAAGCCUGAGAAGCUGGUGACCCCAUCCCCAGACCAGAAAGGAAGCGGCACAGCGGGGACCACUACCCCUCCAAGGUGCCCUGACUCCUGCGGUCACCCGAGGCCUGCAUCAUCCUCGCCUCCAGGUGACAGAAAAGGAGGACAGUCCCAGCUGACGCUGUUGGAUCUGGCCGAGGACACCAUCCACUGUGACAUCUCAAGCUGCUGGUGCCAGGGCAGUGUCCAGGAUGACACGCCUUUCCCUGCGCUCCUGGCUCAGGAAGAUGUGGCGAGGAUCCAUUUUCUCAACAAGACCCAGCCUCAUCCCAGGCAGAAGCUGGUGUUCUAUGAUUCCAGCGAGGAUGUGGACAAAGGGUCCCUAGACACUGACCCUUGGCUCCCUGCCUGGACCCCAGAGAACAGCCCCCAAGGGAGCCCACUGUUCCUGGGGCCUCCCCAGAUUGAUGUCUGGAGUGGAACAGGCCACCCAAGUGAGAUCCUCGGGCUCAGCCCUAGCCUUUUCAGCUCCCCAGGGAAACUGCUGCCAGACGAGAUCUUGGAGGAUGACACGGAGUACCUGACCCAAGCGGCUUUCUUUGAAGAAGUGUGCUUAGAUUUGGAGUCUUCACCUUCAGCCUACACGCAGGAGGCUCCACAGGAAAAGGACACAGCCUCCAAGGCCCCCAAAGACCCUCCUGAGUCCCACAGCCUGCACCGGUCCGCAGUCUCGCUGGACCACUGCUACCUCUCGCUGAGCGGGAACAGCAAGGCACCAUCCAGCGCCAGCUCCAGCUCCAGCUCCAGCUCCAGCUCCAGCUCCAGCUCCAGCUCCAGCUCAGAGGACAGCGACUCAGAGCCCCUGUGGAAGCAGCGAGAGGAUAUGCAGGCCAACCCCGUGGGCACGCCGGACUCCAGCGAAGAGGAUGAAGACACCACAUGGACCCCCACCCGGCUGGCCUCACCCCUGCCGGCAGCCGAGAAAAAGGCCAGGAAGGGCCAAGUAGCCAGGGCCCCCGUGAAGCCCAAGGAGAAGAAGAAAGGCCCCUGCCCACCCCAGAUGAAGAAGAAGUGUGUCAAUGGCUUCAUCAUGUUCUGCAGGAUGAACCGGAAGCAGUACAUCCGAUCCUGCCCUGGAACCGCUUCCACAGCUGCCACCAAGGAGCUGGCCCAGCUGUGGCGGGUGAUGACCCAGCAGGAGCGGAGGCCAUACUGCACCAAGGCUCGCAGGUUCAGUCGCCAGCACAACCGCAUUGUGAAGCAGGACGGCUCCAGCAGCGAGGCUGAGGACUGGGAGACGCCCAAGCCCUUCUACCAGCUGCUGGCUGAGAAGGCCUUGCCGCUGCCCCCGCACCUCCAGUGAGAGAGGGCGGCCCCUCACCUCGCUCCCCUCACUCCUCACCUUUCGCCUCGCUCCCCUCACUCCUCACCCCUCGCCUCGCUCCCCUCACCCUCAUGGCAACUGCGGCUCUUGCUGGAAGCCAGGACCCAUCGAUGAACUUGUCCCUCCUGGGCCUCCAGCCCCUGAGAAUGCAGGUCCCAUGGGACUGGGGAGGCGGACACUGAUUGGCCCCAACCGCUGGGCAUGUUUGCCUGGAGCACCAGAGUCACCCUCAGCUGCCUUGAUUCUCCCCCAGGCUUAGGAAGGAAACCCAAAAUGAAAUGCGGGGUGUUGGAAGGUGAAGUUUACCCACCCCUCUCCCCUUCCCUUCCCCACCCCAGAGCCACUCGGUUGCAACUCUGUUCAUGCUCACCUCACCCUACUCCUCCCUCUCCUGUUCUAUUUUUAGACUAUUUAUUGUUUUAAAUAAAAUAAAGCAAGUGGAACCUUUGUUACCAGCAAGAG